CAAAACAAAGUCAAGUGCAGUGUCAAUAUAACCUCAAAUGUAGAUUUUUAGAUUUUGCAGGAAUAUGAAUGUAUUCAUAUUAAUUUCGCUGAUUUUCUUACAAAUUAACGCGAUUUCUUGCUCGCGUGGUGAUAACAGUGGAAUAUUCCGUAGCUGUCUUCGAAAUUGUCACAUUACAGAAUGUUUAGAUGAUGACACGUUUCUUGAUGAAGACAAAAGACCCUUUCAUUUGGUUUUAUUAAAUUGGGGUUGUCGCGAUGAGUGUAAAUAUACUUGCAUGUGGAAGACAAUUGAUGACUUUAAAAGUCGAGAUAAUCCAAUUCCACAAUUUUAUGGAAAAUGGCCAUUUGUGCGAAUUCUGGGCCUACAAGAACCAGCAUCAGUUUUAUUCUCACUUUUAAACAUUUAUGUGAAUUUCUCUUGCAUAAAACAAUUUAGAAAGAAUGUGAGAAGUGACAGUCCCAUGUAUUGGGUGUGGCAUGGAUUCUGUGCAGUAUGUUUGAAUGCAUGGUUUUGGUCAACGGUGUUUCACGCGAGGGAUUUUCCGUUGACGGAGUUUCUCGACUAUUCGUUUGCGUUUUCAAUCAUGUUGAUGAAUUGUUAUUGCAUGUUUUUAAGGGUGAUGCGCGGCACACUGCCACGUUUUUUCAACAUAUUGGUAACCGCAUUAUUUGCAGCCUUUUACCUGAAUCACAUUUACUAUUUGAGCGGGCCUAAAUUCGACUACGGCUAUAACAUGGCCGUGAAUAUAAUCGUAGGCUCCAUUACCGUCUUCGGCUGGUUCGCCUGGUCUCUCUACAAUCGCUUCCGGUUGCCGUACGUGUGGAAAGCCGGCCUAUUCUUUGCACUCUUUGCCUUAUCAACACUGCUCGAGAUUGUCGAUACGCCGCCAUGGUUUUAUCUUAUUGAUUGCCAUGCAUUGUGGCAUUUUACCUCCGCGCCCAUUACGUAUAUCAUAUACAGUUUUAUUAUUGACGACUGCAAAUACCUCCGGAAACAAGUGCAAUAUGCAGACAUCGAAAACGUAUCAAAAACGGAUUGACACAUUUUUUGAUAAAGCAUUUAUAUUUUUGUUUAUUCAUAUUUUCAGGGAAUUUAUCAAGAUAGAUGUCCUGCAUGAAUCAAAAGAAAAUGAGUGUUGCGUUUAGCCAGUUUUAUUCCUAUCAAUAUAGGAACUUAUUACACACUUGCAUUUUAUUGUUAUUCAUAUUCGUUGACUGAUUUAUAAUCGAUUUUAUAACGUGUGUUGAGUUUGUAGUCUAGUAUAGAUUGUGUAGAAAUUAAAUUUCAUUGUUAGUACACAAACUGUAUUUUUAAUUAGUAUUUAAUGUUACCUGUGAGCGUAGAAUAACAUCUGUCAGUUGUAAAACAAAUAAAUUUGUCUUCUUGGCUGUGUCAAAAGUCCAAAAUUUUAUUUGUCACUGACAUGUGUGUGAAUAUGUGUUCGUUAAUUUUGUAAAGUAAAGUAAUUUGCGCCUGCAAAGCAAUGCAAAAUUCAUGUCACAUCAUAAACCGCCAGUUUCACACAGAGACUCGCAACCCAUCUACCUGCAAUUCGGUAAAUAUCAGAAUGAUGAAAUUCGCUAUGAAGAAUCAAGGAACAGAAACAAAACCAGCAAAGAAUCACGCACUAAGCGUAAUAAUGCGUCGUUGUCUUCGAUCUCCAGCGGCAAACGAUGUCAUUCGACGCCGGCAAAGCUGUACAACUCACAACAUCGCAAACACAGCCGAGUCUCCACCCACGAACGGCAGAUUAUAACGCAGAAACUGCAGGAAAUCGACGAUUUGCGUGCGAAAAUCUUAGAAUUACAAUGGGUGCUCAGCAGCCAUCAGGACAUGUGCUCACAAUCGAUGCAAAAGAAAAGCAGUUGCUUCGCAUGUCUACAAAGGAGUAGCAACAGUAAAGUUGAUAUAGACUAUUCGAAAAUGACAUUGGAUCAGAUGAGUACAGAAGUUGUGUUUAAUUCAAGCCGGGAAUCAUUGCCAAAAUUAUGCACGGAAGUUGCAAAAGUAAAAAGAUAUCGUAAGCGUAAAAAAUGCAAAAAGAAGAAAAGAGUUUGCGAAAAAAAGUCACAAACCAUGCAGACAGGUAGCAAACAAGAAACAAAUCCCCACAAACAACCGAAAAUAACAAAUACUAACACUAUUGUUUUACCAGAACUAUAUAGUUCUAAUAAGAGUUCAUCUUCAGAGGAAAUCAUGCAACUUGCUGAAAAAAUCCAAGCACAAAAUAGCGAAAUCACACAGAUAAAGAUCUCUCUUCAAGAAUGUCUUGAUCUGUUACGAAAUAAGCAAAAAGAAGAAUCACGGAGUGAAUAUCUUAUUGAGCAACCAUCAGCAAACUCAAAAUCAAAGUGGGAUGAAUGUAUCUACCUUAAUUACAUGCAACAGCGUAAAAAUAACACACUCCCGACAGAAGUUUUCACAUGCAGCACGUACGAUGAUAGAUUCUACACUUAUGUACCACCUCCACCAAAGCCUGAACCUUGUGGUUUCAUUGAUUGUGCAGAAGUCGCCAGACCCAGUGCUUUAUUAACGGUGCGUAAAGCCGAAACAUGCCAGGAUAAGAGAAAAGAAAAGAAAAAAUCUGGGUGUUGUGCAAAAAAGUCACAAUCACAAGAUCGGCGAGUUGUCAUUGUUAGAACGCCAACAAAGUCGACAGUGGCGUGCACAAAUACAUCCUGUACGGAUCUUUGUGAUAACUUUCUGGACAGUUGUUAUGAUAAUGAGUAUAAAGUACCGAAAAAGUUCAGUCCGCUUCCACUGCGCUACUAUCCCAAGGAACAUAAAAUUGUGUCCAGUGACUGCUGCCUCCCUAAAUUUAUCGAAACCCACCAAGGUAAAAAACAAACACAAACUAAGCACGAGAAAGAAAAGAAACCGGUAGUGUCCACGCAGACAGAACAAGCGCAUCCGCACAUCGAAGUGUUGGGAAGGGAAGAUAAAGAACGGCACAACGAAAAAGGUCGGCACGAAGAAACAGAACAUCAUAAAGAUAAAAAUCGGCAUGAAGAAAGAGGACAUCAUAAAGAUAAAGAUCGACACAAAGAAAGAGAACACCGUAAAGAAAAAGGGCACUGUUCAAGUAGUGGUACCCAAAGUCAUCGUCGACCAAAUCCUUGCCAUUGUCCUGAUCGGCGUCGAAAAAAUGUCUUCAUGCGUUGUUUACUAUGUAUGUUUUGCAGGAAUUUAUAAUAUAUAUAAAAAUAACUUA